AUGAUAGGUAGCGCCAAAAUUGUCUCCGAGGAAGGGUCACGUGAUCGGGAUGUUCCAUACAAGAGCGAUCAGGAAAGCGUCGGAGCUAACGCGCUGCAACAGUUUACGGGACAUAUUCCUUGGAUUGGAUGGAGACAGCUGGUUCGCACGGUGACCGCGGCCCGAUGUACUUUGUUAGUGAGCACUGUCGCUGCUUCACAUGCGGGAGUCGGCGACGCGGCAGGAAGGGUUGAGGAAAUUGAAACGCAUCUUUUAGCAGGGGCUCGUUCAGAAUCUCUUAAUGAGCUGUGCCAUCGGCCUAUUAUGCUGUUGUUUUACCGCGAUGACUGUUCAGCGUGUCAUGCAUUACUACAGGAUCUGGGAAACAGCGCAGAAUUUGAACUGUUGAGUGAAUACAUGACUAUGGUUUUUGCUGAAUCUAUGGUUGACCUGACCGAAAACUAUCCGUAUCCGCUGCCGCACUUUCGCAAUGACUCCUUGUUUCUUCACAGAGGUAGUAGAAAAGGGAAGUUGCGAAUGGGAGAGGCAGAGACGGUGCGAGAGGCGUUUGCAGGGCAGGGUGAAUACUUUCCUCGUGUUUUCUUCAUUUUUCCACAAAAUGGAAGUGUGAUGCCAAUAUUUAACCAGGGGGUGGACUCAAAUCCGUCGUUUCCAAACUUUUACCCUGAAACUUCCUUCAUUAUUGCGCAGUAUGAUGGUUGCUCUCUGGACUAUGAACGAGGCGGUGAGCUUUUCUGA